GAAUGUAGUAUUGUGGACCGUGAAUGUCAGACAGUUUGGGCUAGUUUGUAUAGAUCACAGUGUAUGGUUUGAUCAUUUAAGCAGUGGCAUAUAUGUCACUGUUAUGAAUAUUGAAUGCCUGACUGCAGCUUGUGUUGUACCGAUCUGGAAACCAUGGAGUAUACAUAGGUUAAAUAAUUCUCACAUAAUCCAUGGUCUGCUAUAUAAUUGAACAGCAUGACAAACUGUGCACAGUACAGUUUGUACAAUACAACAAACUGUGGCUGGGUGGCAAGCAUGCAAAUACCUCCUGGCAAAUGCUAUAGCUGACUGUUUUGAUCAUGUAAGCAGAUUUUUUUCUUGAGUGAGUAAUUAAAGUAACAAAAUAUUCAAAUCAUAGUUUUGAGGUUUAAAAUUUUGGUUUGGUUGAGAUGUAACACCGAAUCAGGGUUUGUGCUGUGGACUCAGAACCAUAUUCCAGUCUGACAGGCAUUCUCAUGAUUGUGUUUACAUGUAUACAUUUCCUGGUUUUCCCCCCAUGUUCUCUGAAAAUCCUUAAAUGCAGUUUUACACUGUUGUCCUCAGGGUGGGGCAGUGUCUCAGACUAUGAUUUGUGAAUAGAUGCAUGUCCCUGUGUGUAGGUUGCUGAGAACAUGAAUGGGAGGAUGGUGUUAUGCACCUGUCCUGAUCAUUGGCUUCCUGUGGGCAUAUGGUUGGUUGCUGUGUGACCAAAGUUCAGUAUAGUAUCUGCAGUUAAUCUGUGUACUGUGAGUCCAUAGUAAAAUUAUAGCUUGCUGCCUGGAGAUAUUUCUUGCCAUAUGUUGGCAUACUUUAAAUAUUCAGGAACUCUUGUAAGCACAGAUUACACUAAAGAAUCAAGCUAGCAUUUUGUAGGUUAGAAAUAAGGCAUUUUAAACCACUCCUCUUUUCCAUUUAGGAAAAAUAUGUGGAAAAAUAAUUAAGCACUACUUUUUAAAGGUAUAAUUUUACUUCAUUUGCUCUUGUCCAUCCCUAAAUUGGAAUCUUAUUGACAAAGUAGAAGUACAGUAGUAAAUGAGAUGCAUUUUUCUGCAGUGGGAUAAAAUGUGAAAAAAGUCCUGCUAUGGAAGUCCUAUCUAUGCAAAAAACAAGAGUAUAUUUUACAAAAUUAAAUUCGAGUAUAUAUUUUACCAACUUGCCCUUUUGGUAACAGAACUGCUAAUCCAAUAAAAACCAGUUUCCAAUCUAACAAUAGGAGUUCAGACUCCUUGUGGGACCAACUUCUGAGUGAAUAUGCAUAUAACAUAAAGACACCCAUCACUGAAACUCCCUGGCUGCAUGAUAUAAAAAUCUUCUAAUCAGAUUUCAGUUUUAAGGUAGCACAAAACUCUGUUAGCUCAUUUGUACUAGCCUUACUCGCUAGAGAACACAAAUGCAUGCCAGAUUGUAGGCAAGGAACACUGGCAACAUGGCAAUAUUGGGAGAUGCUCAGGGCUCAAACUACUUAUGGUGGCACCUUAAGAACUAAAACAUAUUGUACCAUAAACUGCAAUUUGUCAUAAGCUUGGAGUACUUCUUACCCAACCUUUGCUUGCUGACUAAUUAACCAUUGCUGGCAAUUUCCAUGAGGGUGAUAGUGAAUGACUCAGCUUCAAAUGCUCCAAUGACUCUACAAACUAUUAGUUUGGAGUACUUGUCUCAACAUGUCACAGGGGACUUGGUUCUCCUUGGGCUCAAAGGAACAGAGGAGCAUACUGUAUUUGGGGCUACAGUUUAGAGAAGGUUUGUACUGCAGCCAGCUACUUCACUGCCAAAAUGUCAUCUUCCUCCUCUGCACAAUAUUCAUCAUCUGAGAAUGCCUGUAGAACAUCACUAGAACCAAUCAAACAGGUACGACCAAAGCUACAACUUCUGAAGAUUUUGCAAGCUGCAGGUGCUCAAGGGGAAACUUUCACACUAAAGGAGAUUAUACAUUAUCUUGGAGAGUAUAUCAUGCUGAAGCAGUUGUAUGAUAAAGAGCAGCAGCACAUGGUGUAUUGUGGCGGAGACCAACUGGGUGAUCUUCUGGGUCGUGAAAGCUUCUCUGUGAAAGACCCAAGCCCUAUUUAUGAUAUGUUGAAACGGAAUGUGACUUCAGCUACUGUUGCAGAUGCUGCACAGACACUUGCUCUCGCAAAGGAUCAGAGUGUGGAUAAUCCAAGCCAAGAUCAACUGAAGCAGAGUAGCACAGAGAGAAGCUUUGGAACUGGGCAAGUAGGAGAUGAAGGUGACACAUCUACUUUGUCUACCUCAAAGUAUGCAAGCAAUGAGGAUGAAGAUAUAAUUUUGUUAGAUAAUCUUUCAAAAGAGCAAGCCACACUGGAUCUGGUGCUUGAAGAGUGGGAUGUAGCUGGUCUUCCAUGGUGGUUUUUGGGGAAUCUGAGAAAUAAUUACAAGUCUAGAAGUAAUGGCUCAACAGAUAUACAUACUAAUCAGGAUGUAGAUACUGCCAUUGUUUCAGAUACAACUGAUGACUUAUGGUUUCUCAAUGAAGCUGCUUCUGAUCAGUUGGAAGUCACAGUCCCUACAAAAACUUUUGAUUGUGAGCAAGCUAAUGAAGAUGAAAAAGAGUAUAGCAAAAUGGCAAAUGAAUUUGCAUCUUCUGAUGAUUUUGAGGAUUCACAGUGUUUAAGUGAUGACACAGAUGUAGAUACUCCCACUGAGGACUGUUGGCAGUGUACCAAGUGCAAGAUGUUCAACUCACCCAUUAAACGGUACUGUUUUCGCUGCUGGGCCUUACGAAAAGACUGGUUCUCUGACUGUCCUAAGCUAGCACAUUCUCUCUCCACUUCCAAUAUUGCCACAAUGCAAAAUAAAGAGGAUACAGAAGGGAUGGAUGUCCCAGACUGCCGAAGGACAGUUUCUGCUCCAAUUGUACGACCCAAAGACCUGUGUGGAGCAGAAGUCAAAUCCAGCCUAAGCCCUAAAAGCACCAUGAACUCCCUGGAUCUGGCACAGGGAUGUGAAGGCAGAGAGCCUUCGUUGCAGUUUGGUAAGUGCAAAGAAAAGGAAGAAGUGGUGCAGUCCCUUGAGAGUAGCAAACAAUUGCUGAAGCCUUGCCUUAUGUGCCAGAAGAAACCACGGAAUGGGAAUAUUGUUCAUGGAAAGACAGCUCACCUAGUGGCCUGCUUCACAUGUGCAAAAAUGUUAAAAAAGGGUCGAUUACCUUGCCCUGUGUGUAAGAAACAGAUUCAGAUGGUUAUUAGGACUUUCAUAGCAUAGCUGUAGCACUUUGGGGGAUUCUGCAGCUUAAUCAUAGUCAAAUUCUACAGGGAGGUGGUAGAUAUUCAGAUGCAUAUUUUUUUUAACAGAGAAGGAACAUGACAAAGGAAAAAAUGAUUGCAAGUUAAUCCAAACAAAAUUUCUCAAGUACUUAUGCAGUAUGAAUAUUAACAUGCAGUUUGCACUGUGUCCAAACAGCCAUCAUUGCUCAGAGUUUGAUGAAUGAACUACGUGAGAAGAAGCAAAUAACUUUUGGUUAUUCCUAGGCCAACAAUCUAUUUAUUAACCCUAAGCUGAACUGUAUACCUUGUGUAGCACAGUGCCAAUUCUGAAGUCAAGAAGUUUUAUUGUACAAUUAUGUUAGGCUGUUAAGAAAACUUCUAAUCCUGGUACAAGUUGUUGAUAAGGCUUCCCUAAAGCAAGAACUGUAUUCUUUUUUCUUUAAACUGUAUUCAGAUGUUGUUCUUUAUAGAAUCAGCUAAUCAUCAGGGAUCAAGAUCACAUGUACCUGAAGUCUGUCUGUUCUCCAUGCAAUGGAUGUUCUAGUAGAAUAGGGCUACACAUACUAUCUGUGCGUUUGUUACCCCUAAAAAAGUUUGGUAUAAUUAUUGUACCCCAAUCUGGACCUUUGUACUUUAGGCUUUCCUUAUGUAGGCUUCUCUUCACCAUAAUGGCAUUCAGUCCUCACUGGAGCUCCAUAUUGCCUACUGUAUGUAGGCUUUACACAGAAUAGCAUCUAAAUAUUAUAUAAGCUUGUGACUUUUGCAUUUGGACUGAUAUGAACAAGGUACUCUUGUUGCCAAUUUUAGGUCCUUAGAGAUUCUUACAGUUUAAGUUAUUUUGAGUUCAUAAAGACAAAGCUACUUAACUUGGAGUGACAUUUUAUACCUUAAAACUACAUAUUAUUUUGUCCAUAACGAACGACAAAAUGAAUGCAGGCCAAUUGUGUGACAUUUGAAUAGCAUCUAAAGGAACUUGUUACUUGUUUGAACAACUGCUUGAUUAUUGAGUACUCUUUAAGUUUUUAAGAGUAACUCACAAAGAGCCCUUUUGAAAUUGUCUUGUUUUGUGGGUGACUUUCUAGGCCUAGUUGGCCCACUACUUUAUAUUUUUCUGUAAUGGUUUAAAAUAAAAGGUUGGAAGUGAAUUAAAUGCAAUACUGCCCCACAGUAUGAUCAGGCUGGAGUUAUGUGGUCCUUUAGAAGGAGUUAUUUAAAUCAUAAUCUCAAUCUUAGAUGUAAAGCUUAAUUACUGAGCCACAGUGAGAAUAUUUUGUGAGAAAGUAAUUGGUUGUUGUGUUGUGAAAUGGGCUACACUGUAUGCUUUCAACAGAAACAAGAGGGACUAUAUUGUUGCUUGUGGUUUGUAAGAGCUGAUGUGGUUAGUGUUGAACUCUGGCCACAGAGUGGGGGCUCAAAACCCCACAAAUGAAACUCAUGAGGUGCUUGUGAGGCUAAAAGAAAGGAGGGGGGCAUGUAUGCAACAUUGAGUUACUUGGAGGAACAGUGGGCUAAAAAUUCUAUCGGGUUACAUCAGCAAUUGUUGAAACAGAGCAUCAUGGAGAGAGAACGUGACAAGAUUUCUAGCAAAAGCAGCACCCCCAAAUCCUAAGAACCUUUCCUCUGGCAGACUUCAGAACUCUGCACAUCAACUUCAUAUUCACAAAUGUUCCUUUCAGCCUUCCUAUUGCACCAAACAAAGUGGUUUUACAGCUACCUUUUCUGAAGGUUGGUGUGGGUUUGACCAUUGUGAUGACCAAGGCGAUACUCUGUACUGACAUGCUCAUAAUGACUAUCGGAACGAAACUUUGGAUAAUAAACAACAUUACUCAAAUACCCUUUUAGACUUGAAAAUUCAUUUGUGGCUCAGUACUAAGUAACUUGGUACUAAUAGCUAGUGUGCCUUCUAAUACAUUGGAAUACUUUCCUUGCCUGUAACUAUGAAAUGUGCUUUGACUGUUUAACAUGUUUAACUUCAUGUUUACUGCAAUAUGAAUGGAAGUGGUGGCGGUGGCUGCCACUACAGUUUUGCUGUACUCUUGGGUAGUAGCCUUACAGCCACUUGUGUUGAUACUCUGUGCAGAAACCCCAGACAUGUGAAUUAAAAUGAAUUCACAUGAUUACAUUUGGUUGAUCUUGACUAGGAACACAAAAUGGGUAGCUGAAACAAUUUGUCUUCAUUUAUGGAUGUAUGUUCUGCUCCAAAAAAAGCCACUUGUUUACUUUGUACACCUGCUGUAUUUUUCCUCUGAACAUGUUUCAAUGAGAGGUGAAGAUCUGCACAGCUGGCUGCCCUAUGGACUUAAUCAGAGCAUGUUAUUGCAAUAUUUUUAUACAAUUAAAUUGACCGUGUUUUGUUUAUCAUUAUUCUUAUGCAAAUAAAGGCAGUAUAAUUUUGUAGGGAAUUGUUAACUUGGAUUUUUUUUAGAAGAUGUAAAAUAGAAACUAACAAAUGCUAGCUGAGGAAAUACCUAUUUUUGUGUAAAAGGUAAGAGGCAUUUAUCAAAGAUUACUGCUUGACAAUGAGCAACUCAACAUUCUGUUGCUUUGAAUAGGGAUCAAGUGGACAUAAUCAAGUUGGGAUGCUAGAGGGACUGUAGAGGAGGUCUGAACUAAAUUUCAGUGAAAAUUACUUCAGUUGUUCUUUGGUGGGAGAGAUCCCUUUUCAGAGCUCCUUCUGAAUGAACUAUAUAAACCAGUGCAAUAUAAGGGCAUAAACAUCAUUUCCAGCCCUCUGUUUCAGUAGAUGUUUAUACGAACACUUCAAGCUCAGAACACUACUUUUACUGUAUCAUAGCAUCUUAUAGCUAAAUGGUAACAAAGAAAAGUGUAGAGAUAGUCUGCUAUUUUGUAGGGAAAGGUUUUUGCUUCAAGUAUUUCAAGUGCCACAGCUAGAUGGCACCAGUUAUACACAAAAACUUGUCUCUUUGUAUGCAAGCAAGCUUUGCAGCAUUCACAGUUUUCAUCUUAACUGAGAAAUCUGGAGGCACUAAAAUGAGUAUUUCAGUACAGGCUAUCGCACAGGAUAACCUAGAUGAUGGCAUUGUUUUUAGUAGAAACAUCAAAGGUUUACAGUUGAAGCAUUUAAGUACUUACAGUUACCUUCAUGGAAUCACUGAAGUUCUUGAAUAGCAGUUCUCGAGGAUGUGUUUAGUACAGAUUACCAAGCUGAACUUUUUUGAAGGUUCCAUUGGGGUUUGGGAGGGCCUUAUACUUUUGAAAUCAUAAUGGGCUUAAAAUUCUAGAUUCCAUUUAGAGAUUUUGUCCUGUACUAUGCAUGCAAAUGUCUGACUUAGUUUUCAUUGUAAUACACUGGACUGAUAAGUAUAAACAUGGAUAUCUUAACAGAAGGAUAAGCUAAUCCUGUUGCAGCAUUAUGUACCAACAGGAAAUAUCAGCCCAUGUAGAGGACAGAGUCCUGUGCAUGCCAUCCCUACAUCACCCUAAUAUCGCAGUCCCCAGUGGUCCCAUGCAAGUCCACAUUAGGAAAGCCUAAAGAGGUCUUCUGCUUAGAUUUGUUUGAAUGUUUAGAACCGUCUACAGUGGCAAAUCCUGCUUUACCAAGGCUCCCAAACACAUAGAGGAAUCCUUGUAUUCAGGCAAAUAUGUAUAGAGGCCGCCUUUAAACCUUCAUGUUUAAUGUGAGAAAGGCUGAGAACUGUGAGGGGAGUAUCAUGUAUGAGUAUUGUUAGCAGUUGUGGUAUCCACAGUCCCAUACAGUUUAUUUCCUAUUCAGGCAUAAUACUUGGACGAGUUUUUCUCCCAGGGAUUUGGAAUUGUGUUAUUUCAUUUAUGAUACUGAGCUAUGUGUUUCCUUAUCUGAGUCAACUGAGCUUGUGGAAAUGCAAAAUUGUACUGGAUUUAGUAGUGUGCAGGGUGAUUGUUAAUAAACUGAAAUUGAAUCCUGACAAGAUUGGCAUAUGGUGAAUAGAUAGUAGUUGUGUCUGGAAAGAAUGUGGUGAACUUUUUCUGGAUGGAUUGUUUUCACCCUGAAAAAGCAGGGAGUGCCUAUACCUUGAACAACCUGCCAGCUCCUUAAGAUUAUCUGCUGAGAUCAUUGUCAAUGGACCUCUUCCAUUGGGAGUAUGAAGAUCCUCUACAGUGGUGGGAGCUUUGUCAGCUGUGGUUCCCUUUUUAUGGAAUUACCUUCCCAAGAAGUUUGGCUGGCAUCAACAUUAGGUGCUAGCCCAAAAGUGCUGCUGCUUUUUUUAACCACAGACAUUGUAUUAGAUUUUACGUAUCUUAAAUGAAGUUUGUUUUGUUAAUAUAUCUUUUGUUCUGAAAUGUUAUAUCUGUUCAAUUGUGUACACUGCCCUGAAAUCUGAUAAGAUUCGUGUUGGUAUUAAAAUAUGCUAACUAUC